AUGGACGUAAGCAAAGAAAGAAAUACGAGAAGGGAGGAGGAGGAUACCGAAAGUCAAACGACCAAGUCGUCCAAGUUCACCCUCCACUUCCCCGAGUGGUUGAUCUGGUACAAGAAGCCCGAGUAUCGGGAUUUCAAAGAGUAUGCUGCCGCUAUCAGGUCUGGAAAAAGGCCCAUGAGCAGGGACGGACGAGAAAAGAGUCCUAUCCCGGCACGGUUGAGUUUGGAAAAGGUUCUCGCGAACGAGACAUGCUCUCCCAUGUCACUGUAUGACUUUUACAUGUAUCUCAAGUACAUCGAGUUCUCCCCUGAGAACCUCGAGUUUUUCGUUUGGUUCCGCAACUAUCAAGCGUCAUACGCAAAGACAGGAAGCCUCAAUAACUUCCCCCUCGGCGAGAAGGAAGUCGAAAAGUCAACCUCAUCUAGGAAUAGCUUGACGGAUAGCGCCAUCGACACAGCCGCCCUAAAGCUCCCAUCUAUCCAAAUGUCCGAGUUCGAAUGUGAUCCCGAUGCAGCCGACGAGACCAUGACCAACAUCGUGCACCUCAUCGCCCCGGAAACCGCCUGCCAGCCCAACAGUAGAGUCGGUCCGACCGGUCGCGACCGCAUCAGGUCAUGGGCCAACGCCUGCGCGAAGCCCGUCUGCUCCAACAGCGCCCCCAACGUCAUCCCGGCCCGCAUCGCCCCGAAUUCCGCAUACCGCGCCGAGCUCAAUGCCGUCGUCAAGAACUUCCUCCUGCCCGGGUCGGAGAAGGAGCUCAAUAUCCCGCCCGCGCUGCGCGACCAGGCCCUCCUCGACCUCCAGCACUCGUCCGACCCGGCCCACCUCAAGCCCAUCGCCGACCACGUUUACGGCCUGCUCAAGAACUGCUCGCACCGCAACUUCGUGAGACUCGGCGUUUCCAACGGCACCUUUGAGACGCUCUGCAUGGCCACCAGCAUGGGCAUCGUCCUCACCAUCGCCGGCUUCCUCUGUGUCCUCCUCCGUGCUUUCGUGCCGUUCAUGGGCGCACACAGCCGAUGGAACGCCUUCGCCCCCUGGCCCCUCUGGUUCGUCGGCAUGUCCCUCAUCCUGUCGGGCCUGCGCGGAAGCUGCUUCUUCCUGCUCCUCUUCACGAGGCGCCAGCCCCUCCCCUGGGAGCGCUUCGACGACAGCGCCUCGCUCCUGUCGCAGCGCACGGGGCUCAUGAAGUUCCUCUCGCGGAUGAUGAUCUUUGACCGCAAGAUCCGGGUCAAGGACGUCCACCUGCGGCGGCUGCAGCACAAGAUCGUGCUUCAGGCCAUGGUUGGAGGCGCCGUCUUUUCGAGUUUGAGCGUGUUGCUGUUCGUGCUGCUGCCGGUCUGGUCACAGACGACAAAGUUGGGCAUCUGA